GGUUUAUAUAAAACUUCCUACUUCCAUACAUUUCAUUUACUGAAAAUAAAACCGUUUACGAACUUCUCUAUAUUUCUGCUUGCUGUUUUUCAUCACAUAUAGGAGGAUUAUUAAAACAAAGGAUUUCAGAAAUUUCUUUAAACCUGGACAAGGACAAAGUAUGAAGCAAGCAUCAUUAUACUUCCUAAGAAGAAUGCAGUUUAAUUGCAAGAUGGAGGGAUUUCUGAUUCUGCUUACACUGUAUGCUGUUUUGAUCACAGGAACUGCAUUACAGUGCUAUAAGUGUCUUGGAAAUGGAACCAGCUGUACAGAAAGCAAAGUCACCUGUGCUUCUAAUGCUACUUACUGUGGUACCUGGACACUAAGACAGUCAUUCGCUGGAAUUAUAACUGAUGUUUUUUUGAAGAAUUGUGUAAGUGAGCCGAAAGAAUGUAAUACCAGUGUGGCGAGCAAUUCAUCAAAUUGGUAUCUGGGUGCUGUAUCAGAAUGUUGCACUACUGACUUUUGCAAUGUGGAACAGUUUAAUGAGACUUCUUCUAGACUCAUAUAUGGAAAUAUUAGCACCGCAGGAUGCCCAUGCUCUGCUUCAUGUCAGGCAUUGUCUGCAAACUGUACUCAAAUGAAUCGCUACGUAUGCAUGAACAUGACCUUGACUAUUUUGUUUGGUGGCUUUUCUAGAAACAUCUGGCAAAAACAAGGUUGUGUGGCUAGACAGGAUUGUUAUAAAUCAUCUUCGUUAGACGUCUUCGUUGGUUACAACUAUCAACGUACUGAAGAUUGCUGUGAUACACAGCCUUGCAGCACUGCCAUCCCUUCAGCUUCCACCACCCCUUCUGGUGCCACCUGCUUACUUCAUCUUCAUUCCAACUUACUGAUAUUAGUAAUGACUGGUGUACUUAUUUUAAAACAUAUGUUUUAGAAAGCAGUGCUGCUUUUGUGUACGCAAACACCGGAAUUCUGUAGCUUUACAAACAUGAAGUUAGACACAAAGAUUACACCUUACUAUUAUGUCUUUGUGUGCAUCUGUGAGUGUUCACAUGAUAGGAUGUACUGAUAAUAACCUAACUUCUGCAGUUUCAUUAUUUCCUUCAAAAGCAUUCACAGGUUUGCUAAUGGUAGAAAAAAUUGUACAGAAUGUGUUCCUGAUGCAUGCCUAUUUUGUGUAGCAGUAAGAUCAUUGGAGAUAAAUAAUUGUAUUAACUGUAUGCCAUUCUUCCUGCCUUUGUUUGUAUGUAGUUUGGACAUAAUCAGGGACAUUGAUUUGUGGUAAUUAAAGAGCUAAUAUCGA